UCGUUCAUUCACGAAUCAUUCCCAUUCAUUCAUACCCUGCGGUAGCUCCUGCAAAGUGCAAACCCUUCUCGGCCAUCCCCCAAUAACAAAAAGAAAAACAGCAGACAAGAGAAAUAAACCACAUCCACAUGGACGCGUAUCAACAGGCUCAGCGUUACAUGAGACCACCACUGACGCCGCCCACGUUGGAUCCCCACCACCAAUUCCACCACUAUCAGCAGCAGCAGCCACCGCCGCCGUGGUUCUCAAACCAAUAUCAGUACCCCCAGUCCCAGUCCCAGUCCCCUUCCCCGUCCCCUCCUCCGCCGCAGUGGGCUCCACCUCCACCUGGCUCCUCUUAUCCUCCACCCCCUAACCCUUAUGCUGCACACCCUCCCCUCCACCACCACUCCCAGUUCCCUCCCCCCCCUCGCCCCCACGUGCCUCCUCCCCCUCCCCCUCCCCCUCCCCACCAUUCCCAGCUUCCCCAGUCUUAUCCCCAGGCCAAUCAGGAAUGGGGCACUUCGAAUUGGGCUCCCCACCAGGCUUGGAAUUAUCCCGCCCAUAAUAAUGAAGAAGACUGGGCUGCCAGGGCUAGAGCUUGGGCAGAUGCUAAAACUGCAAUGGAAAAUCAACAUACACAGUCUCAGUUUACACCGGUUGGCAGGCUGGAAGACCAAGGUCAUUAUUAUGAUCAGUAUCCGCAGUCCGUUGAUGCUCAUUACCCGGAUAUUCAAGAUCAGUCUCUUCCUGCAUCAAGCUACCAACAGUUUCCAGUUUCAGGCACACCUCUGCAACGGCCACCGGUAGUUCAUCCCCAGGAGACUUCAUCCGUAUGCUCUGAACCAUCUUCUUAUGUUCCGGAUGCGCAUCUAACUUACAAUGUUAGAGAUGGGACAUUUUUUGGAGAUUCAAGUGCUGUAUUUCAUCAAGGAAAUAUACUCGCAAGUUCAUCUGUUCAUCAGCAGGAGGUACCUUCUAGUUAUUCUUCUGUUACAGGUAAAGAAGAUACUGCAGAUCACAAUGAACAGUCAUACAAACUGUUGCCUCUGUCAAAUUCCUCAGCUCAGGAGGGACAGCACCAUAUGCAACCAUCGCUUCCUGCGGCCUUCACAUAUGGCAAACAGUCAGCUGAUUCCACAACCAAUCUUGCUGAUAUGCCUUUAGAUUUUGCACCUGGCUUUAAUCGUAAUCACGAUUCACAUAUGCAAUCCAGUUAUGCUCAUCAUGAUUCAGUCGGACCUGGAAGAGGCAUUGACCCCGUUGCAGCAGUGCACUCAAUAAAUAAUUGGACUCCCUCUGUUGCACCUGGUUUGGUUUAUCCUUCAAUUUCUUCUGAUAUUUCAUCAGGGGCACAGCAGCACGAUCCUUCCAUGGCCAUACAUUCUCCUGUUCCUGGACAUGCUGCACCACCAUUUGGAAGGUUUCCUGGACCAGGCCAGGCCACAAUUCCAUCUGGUGGUGCACCUUUUGCUCUUGGUGCAGGAACUACACUUCAUCCUACUGUAGCCUUCUCUGGCGAUUAUGGAAUUUCUCUUGCUUCUGAACGCCCUAAAAAGGCUUCGGUGCCUAAUUGGCUUAAAGAGGAAAUAAAGAAAGCAGUCAUUACAAGUUCUUCUGUAGACUAUCCCAAGGAGGAAACACAAUCCAUUGAGGAUGAAGGUAUCGAUAAAUCUUUCGGGAAGGCUGAUCAGGCAGAUAACAAAAGCAUUGAUUCUUCUAGGUCAACAGAAGAAGAGGAUGAUGAUGAGGAUUAUGUUGAAGCAGCUAGAACUGCAGCAGUCAACCAGGAAAUAAAACGUGUGCUAACUGAAGUUCUUUUAAAGGUUACUGAUGAGCUGUUUGAUGAAAUUGCAACUAAAGUUCUCAGUGAAGAUGAUCUAACCGUUGAGGUUGACCAGAAGACCGUCGCUUCCAAUCAUAAGGAAUUACCAUCAUCUCGCCCAGCAGUUCCAGCUCCUAAGGCAUCUGCAAAAGUUCUAAUUCCCACCCUGGCAAAGGAUUCUGACACUAAAAGUGACAGUGAAAAAUCUAGUUCAAGCUCCCCAGGAGAUAUUUUAGGUCUUGCAAAUUAUGCUUCUGAUGAUGAUAAUGGAGAUGAUGAAAUCCGGAGCUCCAGUCUGCCAAAUUCCAAUCAGCAGUUGAGCAUUAAAAAGCUUUCAGAAGAUACACAUGAUGCAGCUGAGAAUGGAAUCUCCAAAGUAGAACUUCAAAAGGACAGUAGAAGUCAGAAAAAUAUGGAGAGUGGCAUGGGCAAAACCAGUUCAAUUGAAUCCAAAAACAAUAACGGUGCUACUAUUAGUGAGUUGAAUGAUAAUAGGGUGGAUAGGGAUCUGGGCCAUGCAUAUUCUUCCAAGUUGGUCUCUGAAGAUAGUAAUGAUGGAAUUACUGUUAGUGGAAAAAUACUAGAUGGAACCAGUGCCUCUAGAUCAAAGAACAAUGUUGGACUAAUGGAAUCUGAACUGCCUGGAGAGUAUGUCACUGUCAAGAAAACAUCAAGCAAUGAUCCUCAACGUAGUGAAACCAGAAUGAAGUUAGAUAAAAAUGAUCGACAUGAAAGUAAAAAGAGUUCUGGGAAAGACUUUGUUAGGGAGGGAGACAGUAAUAAGACAUGGGCAGAUGAUAAUGGAGAUGAGAAACGUAGGAGACGAGAUGAAAGGCAUCCGAGAAAGGAAAAAGGAGAUGAUUCGAAUGGGUCAAAGGACAGAAUGAAAGAGCAAAGUUUUGAGCCUAGGGUAAAAGAAAAGCAAUCUGAGUCAAGAAAAAGUUCUGACCAUCUUGAUGUCAAGGAAGACAGAAAAGAAACAGAGAGACUCCAUAGAGCUAGGACUAAAGAAGAUCCCAGCAGAAAACGAGAACACAGAAAGGAUGAGGAGGAAGAUACAUCAAGACAUAAAAUCGCAAGCGAGUCAAGCAGGCACAAAAAAAGACGCUCUUCUUCCAUUAGCAGUAAGGGUAGAAAUAGCAAAGACACCUCAGUUAGUCAUGCCAAUGAUUCAAGUGAUGAAGCCUCAGAUGAUUCUAAAAGGAAACUGCAAUCAAGGAAACAUAACUCAUCACCAUCACCUGUCAGGUCUAGGAGAAGACAAAUUUCGCGGUCCCCACAUAGCAAGCAUUCUCAGCGCAAGCAUUCUCCCUACUCUUCUCUUGAUACCAUUAGGGGAAGAAGGUCAAGAUCCAGAUCACCUGAUUGCACAUUUUCAAGGGGUAUCCUCUAUAACUCUAUCUACAGCUUGAAAGGCAUUUCGAGGCCUCACAUGGCUCAUGGUCUUCCCGUCCUGGGGGUGCUGAUAGUAGUGGCAUUUCAAGGUGGGCUAUGGUCAAUUUGGCUGUAUGGGUUUGUGUUAAUUUGUUUCUCUCUCUAUGCUACUCAGAGGUUGCCUUCCCUCAGGGAUCAGAUCAACGUGCCCAAACUUAAUUACAGAGCUCUUGGCGAUCCGGGCAAUCCGAGAAUUACCAUAUUCUCAGCGCCUAGCCCAUUUAAUGGCUCUGCUGGGGAUAGGCAGAGUCUAGCCGUUCGGUCAUGGCUUGCCCUGUCCCCGCAAAUCACCGUUGUUCUCUUUAGCCAAGACCCUUCUGUUGUUUCUUUUGCAGAUGCUUUCGGUUCGCGGGUUUUGGUUGAGCCUAACAUUGAUUUCACGUUUCUUGGUACUCCAUUCUUCCAUUCCAUGAUAGCAAGAUCACGUUCAUUGGCCUCGGACGUCUUUGUUCUUAUCGAUCCUGAGACCAUUCUUCUGCUUGACUUCAUUUCCACCCUAAACUACGCUUACGAACUUGACCAUGAUUGGCUCCUUGUUUCUUCUUCACGAAAUAUUUCCCACUUCCCGUUCUACUUGGAAGAGGAUGGGAAACAUUGGCGACACGGGGAUGGCAAAUGGGUGAGGACCCAGGAGUUGCAGGAGAUACUUUCUCAAAGUUGGCGGUGGAGUCGUUGUGAGGGGAGAAUGCUUAUGGCAUGGAACAGCGGGGAUUUGCCCUUACAUACUGGAGUUCUUCCUCCUUUCUUGUAUGGGAAGGGGAUCCACAACAAUUGGGUCAUUAACGAGGCCAUGUCAUCUGAAUUCAGGUUUGUGUUUGAUGCUAGUUGGACCAUCUCAAGUUUCAAUCUAAAUGAUCAGGAGCAUUGGUCUAAUGGAAUAGUUGGAGAUUCCAGAGUUUCAGAUAUAGAAAAGAGAAGCUGGGAGUAUGUUGGCAAUUCCCAUAUUGGGAAACUGUAUGGAUCAUUGUUUUAUCGUGAAGCUAAUUAUUCUAGCCUAGUAAAACUUUUGAAGUGUGACGGACAAUAUAUUUUCAUCAACACAACUGAAAACAUUGUCUAUCCGUAUGGAUACCAGAGUGCACUCAGCUUAAGGAAGAAAAAGAUCUUACAUCCCUGGAGGCAAAGGAGGAUCAUGGCUUGUGUUGAUGACAUUAAAUCACUGGACAGAAUACUAGAUUGUUCUCUGAAGGAUCAUAUGAAGUUCUCAGAACCAUUAGAUUUUUCAUUCUCCUUGGAGUCACUCCUUCCUUUAAUUGCAGACAAGAAUAAGACAGUUGUGCUUGCAGUUGCUGGAUAUAGUUACAAGGACAUGCUAAUGAGUUGGGUAUGUAGAUUACGCCGCCUCCAGAUUAAAAAUUUUAUGAUUUGUGCUCUUGACCAGGAAACCUAUUGGUUCUCUGUCUUGCAGGGCCUGCCAGUUUUCAAUGAUCCAUUAGCUCGAAGUAACAUCAGCUUCAAUGACUGCCACUUCGGAACAAAAUGCUUUCAGAGGGUCACCAAAGUAAAGUCCAGAAUGGUUUUGAAGAUACUGAAGCUUGGUUACAAUGUAUUGCUAAGUGAUGUGGAUGUUUAUUGGUUUGAAAAUCCAUUGCCAUUGCUUUACUCCUUUGGCCCUGCUGUCCUCGUGGCACAGUCUGAUGAAUACAAGAAGACAGGACCAAUAAACAUGCCUAGGCGCUUAAACUCUGGUUUUUACUUUGCUCAUUCUGAUGAUUCAACAAUUGCUGCUAUGGAGAAGGUGGUAAAGCAUGCAGCAACUUCAGGCCUAUCUGAGCAGCCAAGCUUCUAUGACACGUUAUGUGGGGAAGAUGGAUCCAAUCGUGUGGGCGAUAAUAGAUGCGUGGAACCUGAGACGAAUCUGACCAUUCAUUUCUUGGACAGAAACCUCUUCCCAAACGGCGCUUACCUAGACCUGUGGCAGAAGAAAAAUGUUAAAGCUGCCUGCUUGAAGAAGGGUUGUCUCGUUCUCCACAACAAUUGGAUUAGUGGGAGACUGAAGAAACUGGAACGUCAGGUAUUGUCAGGCUUAUGGGACUACGAUUCUAGUACAAGGAUGUGCCUACAAAGUUACAAAGCUGGCACAAGUUCAAACUGACAAGCUAUUUUUA